GCUCAGCAGUUUCCAGGUGCCUCGAUGGUAUAUAAGGCACCUCAGUCCUUGAAAGCAUCACAGGAGGAGGACGGGCCGUGACCAGCAGAGAAGGUGAAGGAGCUGAGACAUGGAGGACAACCCAGCACCAAGUGGCAGAUCCCUGAUGGAUGUAGACACCUUCAAUAGCAACUUUGGUAUCAUAUGGGCGACUGAAACAUACCUGUGCUACGAGGUGGAGGUCCGGGAGGAGGACACCUGGGUCCCAGUGGAGGGGCUCCAGGGCUUCCUGCGCAACCAGGUAUACUGUCAUGCAGAGUUGUGCUUCCUGGAUCGGGUCCCUUCUUGGCUCCUGGAUGAGGGGAAGCAGUACAGACUCAUGUGGUACAUCUCUUGGAGCCCCUGCCCUGACUGUGCCCCGAAACUGGUGGACUUCCUGCGCAAGAACAGCCACGUGCAGCUGCGCAUCUUCGCCGCUCGCAUCUACACCAAACUUGAUGGAUAUGAGGAUGGGCUGCGCAGGCUGCAGGACGCUGGGGCCAAACUCGCCAUCAUGACCCCCAAAGAGCUCCAGCACUGCUGGGACACCUUCGUGGACAACCAGGGCCAGCAGUUCGAGCCCGAGCUUGAACUGUUAGAAAAGAUAAGAGCCCGAUGUCAGAGGCUGGAGAACAUUCUCAGGGUCGGGAGACAGCUGGUGAACGAGGAAUAAAACACUUUCUUCAAGAAACGAAAACGCAUCACGUGCCACCAUCCCCAACUUGUUCCAAAGAAUCCAGUAAAAAGCAACGAAUGAGCUCAUAAGGAAUUUUUUAAAUCUGAUUGAUUUACUUUUCAUUUAAAAUCUAUGAUGUGUUCUAAAUACACACCAGUAAUAUUGUAUUCAUUACUAUCAGAGUCAUUUUUAUAUUUAGAAAAUUAAUUAUUUACAUUGAUUUUAAAUCCAAAGCAAUAACAUGAAAGAUUAAGAAUAUUCCACACAAUGCUUUUUCCCCUGUUACUGUUUCAUGAAGUCCAAACAGUUCAAUAAACACCUGAAAAAGUGA